AUGUCAGAAUCAAAAGCUGUUAUUCUUGUUGGUGGCCCCUCCAGAGGCACCAGAUUCAGACCUCUUUCUCUCAACUCUCCCAAGCCUCUUUUCCCCGUAGCAGGCCGCCCUGUGAUCUCUCAUCAUCUGGACGCUUUGUCCAAGGUGAAGGGGUUGAAGGAAGUUCUGAUCAUUGGUUUAUUUGAGGAUAAGGUUUUCGCUCCUUAUAUCGAUAAUGCUGCUCUGGAGUUCCCUCAUUUGAAUAUUCGCUAUCUCCAUGAAUAUCAAGCUUUAGGUACAGCUGGUGGCAUCUACCAUUUCCGCGAUGAAAUCUUGCGUGGACAUACAAAACAGUUCUUCGUUAUGCACAUCGAUAUUGCUUGUUCAUUUCCCUUGAACGAGAUGGUGGCUGCUCACAGAGGUCAUCGUAGCAUCUGUACCAUGUUGGGAACAAAGGUGCCUCCUAGUGAAGCCACCAAGUACGGUUGUCUUGUGGCAGACAAUGAGACGAACCAAGUGCUCCACUAUGUCGAGAAACCAGAUACUUUCAUUUCGGAUUUGAUUUCUUGUGGUGUCUUUUUGUUUGAUAUUGCUGUAUUUGCCGAGAUGAAGAAGGCUUUGGAAAAGAAGGAGAGCCAGGAGCAAGGUGAAUUUGUCACUUCUUCUCGUGAUGAAUUGCGUUUGGAGCAAGACAUCUUGAGACCUUUGACUGAAAACAACAACCUUUACGUUCAUGUCACCAAGCAAUUCUGGAGACAAAUCAAGACAGCUGGAUCUGCUAUCUCUGCCAAUGCUCUCUACCUUGAGGCUGAGGCCCAUGAAGGCUCUGAGCGUUUAGCAAAGAAUACUCCUGGUGGACCCGAGAUUAUUGGCGCUGUGUAUAUUCAUCCUUCUGCUCACGUUGAUCCCACUGCCAAGAUUGGCCCUAAUGUAUCUAUUGGACCUCGUGUCAAUAUUAUGGCAGGUGUUCGUGUCAAGGAUACCAUCCUUUUGGACAAUGUCCACGUUGGCAAAGCAAGUUGUGUGCUUCAUUCAAUCAUUGGUUGGAAUAGUCGUAUUGGUUCAUGGGCUCGUGUGGAGGGCUGUCCUGUUCACGAGGAAGACAGUUCUAUGAUGAAGAAUGGCGUCAAGAGUCAAAGCAUUACCAUUUUGGGUAAAGAUGUAUCUGUCAUGGAUGAGACAAUUAUUCGUAAUUGCAUUGUUUUGCCUCACAAGGAACUUAAAUCAUGUUUCCAUAACGAAAUUUUGAUGUAG